AUGGCGAACAAUAACCCGGACGCCGAAGCUCAGGGCAACGGCCAGGCUGAGUCGACGCCUGGGAAUUCUGCUGCGAAGCAGAGUGUGAAUACUGCUCCUCCUCCGCCGUUGCAGAAGCAGGCGUCGAAUACGCUUGUGCCGACGACGACUUCGUCGGCGGGUGCAAGUCCGCGGACCUCACGUAAUACGUCGCCGGUGAGGAAGGACAGUCGACAACAACCACUGUCUAAUACACCUUCGACGCAACCUUCUGCGGCUGCCAUUCAAAGAGCGCUGUCUGCGGCAAGCGUGCCACAAUUACCAGCAGGAGGAGUGUCGGAUGCGAUGUCGAAACUGCCCAAACCACCACAGAAAAACGGAGGCGCAUCUGGAGACACAACGCCUCGAUGGCCUACUUCACCACGACUGAAGUCUCCUCCACCUUCUGCGACAAACUCGAGGAGGAAUUCAAGUACCGCACAGAAGAAGACGGAAACUACGGCAGCGCCGAGUAUAAAUGUCCAGAGUGCGACACCCAACAGCCCUACACCUCCUCCCUCCACGAAGCAAGGAGUCGAUGAGACAGCAAAGGCACAACAGCAACUUCAAACACCAGUAAAGGGGCCUUCACGUGGCGCGAGUGGGAAGUCGACGCUGGAGACUGUGCAGGAGAAUAGUGCGGAUGAUGUGAAGGAGCCGAGUCCGGCGGCUGUAAGGGCGGCUGCUGAUUUGAAGCCGCUUACGAGACUUGACCAGGAGGAGAAGGCUGAAGCUGCUAAUGGCGAGACGGAGACUACCUCGUUGCAUGCUGAGAGUGGUAGUGAGAGUGCAGGUGCGAAGACAGAGAAGAAGAAGGAUCAGGAGAGCAUUGCGCAAAGGCCGAAGAACGGCACGACGAAGAGCUACGCAUCCCUAGCUUCGUCCAAAUCACGGCAGCCGGAGGGCAAGCAGAACAUGACUGUCGAGACGGAGACUGUGCCUUCGAUACCGCAAUCCGCUAUUGCGGCCGGAGAUCGAUCUGGUGGUACACGCAACGAGAACAGCGGCAGUGUCAGGCUGAAACCGAGCAAUGAAACGAUUCGACCGAAGAAGGAGCGCAAGAAGCCGACGCAGAAAGCAAGGAGUAUCAAUCAGGGUACUGCGCGAGAAGACGACUCGACUACCGCGCCGAACAGCCCAGCAGCCAGGUCGUACUCACACCACCUUAGACACACCUUUACCCAUCGCACCUCAACUUCGUACUCAGUCUUCAGAACAUUCUCUAACAAAUUCGGGCGAAAAGCUUCUUCCAAAGCAGAUAUCUUCGAAGCGCGCGUGGCGAACGCGGUCGACGAGGCGAACUCUUCCGACUCUGAAGAGACGUUCGUCUACGAAUCGAAUCCUCCUGAACCUCAGCGGCGAGCACGACAUCAUUCCAGAACGCCGAGCGUGACUUCUUCGCACAGCGUAGCAGACGGCCAGCGAAGUGCUGGCAUGCGGAGUUUCGGCGACGUGAUGGAUGAGCGGCGGGUGGCUGGGAAGCGCAGCAUGAAGUUCUCUAACAACGCCUACAACGACAUCGACAGCCCGGACGCCAAAGAUGGAUCAGUGCGAUCGCAUACGCCGCGGCAUUUCGGUCGGUUUGGUAGGGGAGGCAGCCAUGCGUCGAUGUUCGAUCCGGACUCGCCAUUUACGCAGGCAUCGAAGUUGAGGUCGCAGCAAAUGAAUCUGAGGCAUUCGCGGCCGGGGUCGCCGAGGAGUCCGCAGAGUGUGCAGCAGCAGAGGAUGUCGGGACUGUUUGGGAAGAAGCAGGAACCGUCGUCCUUUGACUUCGAUGCUGAGGGUGGGGAUGACGAGAGGACGCCGCUGGUUGGUACUGUGCGGACUCCGAGAAACGGCAGGCUGCCUAGGCGCAUCAGCAGUCAUGGCGCUAUCGACCCUUACUAUGGCGUCCGGCGGCACUCACGUUUUGGUCGGUUCGGAGGCUGCAUGCUCGGGUUCGUGGUCUUUGCGGCUGCUAUUCUGAGUGCGAUUGCGUUCUUGGUCAUGUCGAAUCGGCCGAUGUACGAGGUCGAGAUCCGCAAGAUCCAGAACGUGCUGGCGAGCGAGCAGGAGUUGAUGCUGGAUUUGCUGGUGGGAGCGGUCAAUCCGAAUGCGUUGGGCAUUGCGGUGACGGAUAUGGAUGUGAAUAUUUUUGCGAAGAGUAAGCAUGUCGGGACUGGGGAGAUGUGGAGGGAGCGGAGGGCGGCGCAGCUCACGACGAGCGAGAGUGUGGUAAGGGAGAGGCGGAAGCGGCAGGCGUUGCCACCUGUCGACAGACCUACACUGGAAGACUCGAACGGCUGGAAGGACCUCUCGAACCACUGGCACGCACCCCCCGGCCCCCACGGCGGCGUCGACGAAGGCACCGACCCCCCCGACGACGAUGAUCUCGGCGGCGACACCGCAACCAUGCUCCUCGGCCGCAUCGUCCACUUCGACCAAGGACUCGAAUUCGAAGGCUCGCCCCUCAAACGCCACCUGCACUACUCGGUCGGCGAGCUUCGCCUCGAGAAACCCGGAAAUAAGACCGAGACGGGCGGUAGUGCGAGAUGGGAGAAGGUGCUGCAGUAUCCGUUUGAGCUGAUCAUACGCGGGGUGCUGAAGUAUCAGCUGCCGAUUUCGAGUCGGGUGGAGACGGCGGCUGUGGGGGCGAGCGUGCUUGUGCAUCCGGAAGAUGGAGUGGAUCCCACUGGCGCCAUGAGGGUUGAGGAGGUUGAUCAUACGGAGUAUUGGCAGUGGAUUGAUUGGGAAGAUGUUGUGGAGGAGGAUAAGCGAGAAGGGAGGGGGAGGGUGUGA